CCACAGCUGAUGAGCGCGGCCUCGCUUGGAUACCAGCAACAAAUGACCUCAUUGAAGGAGCCCUUGGCUCUCUCCGUGUACAUCUCAGGGACAAGUCUAGGACAUCCUUGCAUGUUCUCAAUUCACGUGCAAUGUACAAGCACAACGAUACUGAGCUAUUCAUGGAUCUCAUGUUCCUGGACGAAGAUCACACAUUUAUAAUGAAGGAAGCACGGAAGAAGAUUGACUCAAGUAAAUUGGAAGCUAAAUGGUGCCAAGCUCAGGUUGAACACGAGAAGGAGCUCAAGCAUAUCAAGAAGCAGAAAGCGGCAGAGAAGUGCCGUAAAUUGGAGGAGAAGAAAGCACACCUUGCAAGCGUUGUUUUGGUAUUCGGUGAUGAAGCAGUCCUCAGCAAGCUCAGCAUCAAACAGCUCGAUGAGCAGAUCGAGGUCUAUUGCAAAUGCGACAAGCUGGUACCAAAGAAGUCACAUGCAAAAAAUAAAUCAGAGAAGAUCAGUGCCAUGAAAAAGGCACUCGACAGCUAUCUGAUCUGCUUCCCACAGUCGAAGGGGUUGUGGUUGGAGGACAAUAGUAUUUCUGUGCUGGACUCGGAUGAGGAAGGUGAGGUUGAAGACUUGCCAGGGGAUGCGGCGGAGACAGAUUCCGAGGAGGAUGAAUAA